AUGGCCAAACACAUGGUGAUGACAAGGAACGCCGAACGCGACCUUGACCGGAGCAGACGUUUGGAGUCUCAGACCAAUCGUCAUAUCCGACCCCAUAAUUUUAUUUCGACAUAUCAAGUCUAAAGCAAGCGCACUACUCCUCGGAUAGCCACGGCAGCAGCAGCAGCCAUGGCUUGCUCCGCGCACCUUGUGUCCCAGAGCCUCUACUCGUCCCACCGCGCCAGCCCGGGCGGGCCUAGGAAUCUCCGUUCCCAGGGCCGACCGCCGGCGCGGGCGUCUCCCUCUGCGAGGCCUGGCUCAAGGGUCAGUGGCUGCCGGGGUGUCAGCCUGAGAGUCGCCGCGUCGUUCGAGCAGGGAAGGAGGCAAGUGGAGGUCUCUUAUGACCCACAAGCGAGGUUUAACCAGAUAGCAGACCAAAUUGACAAGGAUGCUGGGAUGACACGGCUUAACCUAUUCUCACCUUGCAAAAUUAAUGUGUUCUUGAGGAUAACGGGCAAGAGACCAGAUGGGUUCCAUGACCUGGCUUCUCUAUUUCAUGUCAUAAGUUUGGGUGAUACUAUCAAAUUCUCAUUGUCACCAAGUAAAAGUAGAGAUCGCCUGUCAACCAAUGUUCCAGGUGUCCCAGUUGAUGAAAGCAAUUUGAUCAUCAAGGCACUCAACCUUUACCGACAGAAAACUGGGACUAAUAACUUCUUCUGGAUACAUCUUGAUAAGAAGGUCCCAACUGGUGCUGGUCUUGGUGGUGGAAGCAGUAAUGCUGCAACUGCACUAUGGGCCGCUAACCAGUUUGCUGGCUGCAUAGCUUCAGAGAAGGAUCUUCAAGAGUGGUCUGGUGAGAUUGGAUCAGAUAUCCCCUUUUUCUUUUCACGAGGAGCAGCAUAUUGUACAGGUAGAGGAGAGAUUGUCCAAGAUAUCCCAAAUCCCUUGCCGGAAAAUUUACCAAUGGUUCUUAUAAAGCCACCUGAAGCAUGCUCAACUGCUGAAGUUUACAAGCGAUUCAGGUUGGAACAAACAAGUCAAGCUGAUCCCAUGACCCUGCUCGAGGAAAUAACUCAGAAUGGGAUAUCACAAGAUGUUUGUGUUAAUGACCUAGAGCCUCCAGCUUUUGAGGUGUUGCCCUCACUUAAGAGGUUGAAGAAACGAAUUAUUGCAGCUGGCCGGGAUGAUUAUAGUGCUGUUUUUAUGUCAGGAAGUGGAAGCACAAUUGUUGGUAUUGGUUCACCGGAUCCUCCUGCAUUCGUGUAUGACGAUGAAGACUACAAGGAUGUUUUUGUGUCAGAGGCUUGCUUGCUCACUCGCGACGAGAACGAGUGGUACAGGGAACCAAUCUCGGCCAAUGCCACGUCUGGCAAAGAAGGUUUGCAAGCCUCGGUUGCUGACUGAUUUAAGUCAGGUUCUGUAUCAGUUUUGUGACUAUUAUACAGAUACAGGAUUUGAUCAACGCCUCGACAUGGUAGGAAAGAACACUACGGUAUAGGCGGGGAUUGUUCACAAGACAAUCUGGUUCUGGAAUGGACCAUUUUCAGUAUAGCAACUAUUGAUUUGA